CAGGGCUAGGUUCCUAUAAAGGAGGCCAGUUUUGGAGCAGGCGCUGAGCAGUGAGCAUCUACCCACCGUCCAGCCUCCUUCCACCCAGUUCAAACCAAACCAGUCAUCUUUACCCCCCAUCUCAGACCGGGCGUUAUCGUCAUUCUUAUUUUUUUUUUAUUAUUUUUUUCUUUCUAACCCAAUUUUUGGGUGUUUUUGUUAGAUUUUUUUUCCCGGGAAGUGCAGCCUUCUAACUCCACCGAGCCUUCUCAAAUGUAUAAAAUGGAGUAUUCUUACCUAAAUUCCUCUGCCUACGAGUCAUGUAUGGCCGGGAUGGACACGUCGAGCUUGGCAUCGGCCUAUGCGGACUUCAGCUCGUGCAGUCAAGCUAGUGGGUUUCAGUACAAUCCCAUCAGGACCACUUUCGGGGCCACCUCCGGCUGUCCGUCCCUCACGCCGGGGUCCUGCAGCCUGGGGACCUUGCGGGACCACCAGAGCAGCCCGUACGCCGCAGUUCCCUACAAACUGUUCACGGAUCACGGCGGAUUGAACGAGAAGAGAAAGCAGAGGCGCAUCCGGACCACGUUCACCAGCGCCCAGCUGAAGGAGCUGGAGCGGGUUUUUGCGGAAACGCACUACCCGGACAUCUACACCAGAGAGGAGCUGGCGCUGAAAAUCGAUCUGACUGAAGCCAGAGUGCAGGUGUGGUUUCAAAACCGGCGUGCCAAGUUCCGCAAGCAGGAGCGAGCAGCUGCAGCGGCCGCAGCGGCUGCCAAUAAGUCCGACUCCAGAGAUGAAGACAGCAAAGAAACCAAAACCACCGACCCCGACAGCACAGGAGGACCGGGACCUGUGCCCACCUCCAACUGCGGUGGUCCGAGCCCCACCGGAGGCCAGGUCAACACCACCGGCAACGGACAGGUGGACCAAGUGAAGACAUCCGUGUCCACCGGCAUGGGGGUGACAGCACCGAGCCAAGGCUGGGCCACCGCUCCGGGGACCAUCACCUCUAUCCCGGACUCAUUGGGCGGGCCAUUCGCCAGCGUACUGUCAUCUUUGCAAAGACAGAACGGAGCCAAAGCUACAUUAGUAAAGACCAGCAUGUUCUAAUGAAGCUGCACAGCGGGGAGAGAAAAACAAAGCAGAGGAAAAGUGAACUUUGCUCCUUCUCCGGAGACUGAAAAGCAAUUACCCAAGACAAACUCACGGACAAUAAAAAGCGGUUAAAAAGAAGAUGACAACUGUAUUAUUUUAUUUUUAUGCAUUGCGUCGUUUCUUGUGGUCAACUGACACUUUGCUGUAAAAAAAUAUCCAUCUUGACAAGUCAAAGUGUCCUAUAAUAAUAUGUUUAAACAAGGGCGAGUCGAGUGAAUGUUUAUACUUGACUGAAAAUAAUUCGGAAUAAAACAUUUCAGUGUGCUGAUCUCAAGAUGCCACUUGUGUUGAGACAUACGUUCGGAGCAAGGGAACAAACUGUCCCUCGUUUUCAGAACUAAUGAUAAAAAUCUAAACAUUUAAAACUUGUUAAGAUAAAUAUUUUAGGGCCACUUUGUGAGCAAACCGACGUCUGCGCACUGGAAACGCGCAGUGCCAUUAGUGAGCGAGCAGCGGAGCCUCGUCUCCUUAUGUCAGAGUUCAACAGCUGCUUUGUUAGAGACACGUUUGCCAUCCACGCCUGAGGAUGCUCUCUCACAAAUCCACGUCUGAAACAACAAAUAUCCAGCACGACGCCGACGCCUUUUUGCUUUUCUGUUGUCUAUAGACACAAGUUGUUGUGUGGAAAUAGCCUCUUCCAGCUGUCGUUUGGUUUCCAGGGCUGCUGAGAGUUUAGUUUCUUUAAAUUAUCGAUACAAACACAAUUACUUCCUCUAGAAAAAAAGGCACAAACUACUGCAAUGUUCACCUCUGACAGGAAAUCUGUAUGUUUCGUGUGUCUUUCUACGGCAGUGUUUUUGUGGCUCAAACUGUAUAGUGUUAAUACGUAUUACUGUCUCCUAUAGUUGAACCAUAGGCCAUACUCCCUGUAGAACAACCAUACAGAGUCUUUUUGAUGUUUUCCAAAAUCCCCUCGGAAGAAUUUAUUUUGGGUAAAAAUGGAUGCAAACAUUGUAUUUAUUUCUAUAUAAUUUGCAUGUUGUCUCUGUCUGAUUUUACAAUGAGUUCUCUCCCAUUUUGUGAGCAUUAUGUAACAUGCUUUGUCCAGGAUCUGAAAGUUAUUUAUAUGUAGGUAAUGAAUGCUUAUAUUUAA